AAAUUCUGUAGACUUCAGUAAGUGAGGAUUAGUUCGUAGUAAUGAACAACGGCAAUCACUAAAAGGGUUUAAUAUUAUUUUGAUGUCUUAUUAGUGUGAGAAAAUUCAAGCCAUUUGUGUUUUUUUAUUUCUAGAAUUUAAAUAGACAAAGAAAAUAUUUUAGAACAUUUUUAAAGACGAUGGAAGCCAAGUGCACUCUUUUUAUUCUCUUGGUGGCGAUGGUAUCUGCGGAUUUUUACAGCUCCAAAUACGAUGACUUUGAUGUACAGCCACUACUUGAGAACGACAGAAUUCUUCUCAGCUACACGAAAUGCUUCCUUGACGAAGGACCUUGCACACCUGACGCUAAGGAUUUCAAGAAAGUGAUACCAGAAGCCCUAGAGACAUCAUGUGGUAAAUGCACGCCGAAACAAAAGAAACUAAUCAAACAAGUGAUCAGAGCUGUGAUUGACCGACACCCAGAGUCGUGGGAUAAACUUGUGCACAAAUAUGACGAGGACAAUAAGUACAAAGAUUCAUUUAACAAAUUCCUCGCAGAAAAAGACUAAUUAUGUUGUAUUGUUAAUUGUUAAUGGUAAGCCGUGUACGCAACUACGAAUAUCGCGAACACGAACAUUAAUCACGAAUUAUUUUGUAUUGAAAUAAAUUAACACGUAUACAGUUUAUCGUAGGUUCUUGAUCUGACGUAUGUCUUUGGACAUCAGGCAAUAACAAUUGCUCCGUUCACUGUUUCGUGCAACUCGCUUUGUAAUAUUCUUCAGAUAAUGUUAAUCUAAGGUCUUGUGAUGUAUCGUAUUGUCUUUCCGAAGUUUAUAGUAAAUUUAAAAAUAAAUAGUAGUUCAGAGGAAAUGAUUUAAUGAUUUCUUAUGUUUACGCGACCGUAGACAUUAAAGUAAAGUUAGUUUUCGGAUUUUAUAUUAAUUAAAACGUAGAAAAACCGGGAUAGAAAUAUGAUUAAAAUGUAUGUGGACAAUUACAUCUACUGCGUAAAGUUAAAUUUUGUGAAUGUGUACUUCGAUUGUAUGAUGUAUACGCUUGUGUACGCUAGUUUUAGUAGUAGUAGUAGAUUUUCAUUAUUUGAAUAUGUAUUGUCAAUUACAUUAUGUAGAGAUUAGAUUUUGAUUUUACCAUCUAAAAGGCUCAUAAAAAUACAUAUUAUCGUAGUUUCAAGUCUUAAUCAACUAUUAGGCUAUUACGUAAUGAUAUAUGUUUAAGUAUAAAGUAAUAAAUAAAACCUUCUUACACAAA